AUGAGGGAGGUUUAUCGACCCUGUACAACUUCGGAUAAGGAGAUUAUCCAGAAGAAACCAACAUCCCUUAUCCGCCAAAAGCUUCAGCAAUACAUUCCAAUUCUCGAAUGGCUCCCCAACUACAAGUGGAAAGAACACUUUCAUGGAGAUGUAAUCGCAGGUCUCACCGUUGGAAUCAUGCACGUUCCUCAAGGAAUGGCUUAUGCUAGUUUGGCAGGAGUCCCACCAGUUUAUGGAAUGUAUUCUUCAUUUUUCGCCAGCUCAAUCUACAUGUUUUUCGGUACUGCAAGGCAUAUUUCAAUCGGUGUGUUUGCUGUUGCCUCAAUGAUGGUUGGUGCCGCAAGACUCCGUUUAGCACCGGAUCUUCCACUCUCUGCCAGCAAUGCAUCUUCCGUCAAUCCAGCUGAUUAUCCUCUUGGAGAACCCAUUGACCCACUUAUCUUUACCAGUGCACUGACUCUUUUGGUAGGAGUCGUUCAAGUGAUAAUGGGUGUGCUCCGACUUGGCUUUCUUACUACCUACCUGUCGGAUCCAUUAGUUUCCGGGUUUACAACUGGAGCAGCUGUCCACGUCUUCACUUCUCAACUCAACAAGGUUCUAGGAGUCAAACUGCCACGUCACGAAGGUAUUGGAAUGAUUGUUCGGAUGUAUCGAGAUAUGAUUCUUUCAUUGGGAUCUGUCAACUUCAUUGCUCUGGGAAUUUCAAUUUUUGGAAUCUUGUUCCUUGAUUUGGGGAGAACGUUCAUCAAUCCUAUGGUUAAAAAAUUCUCCCCAAUCCCACCACCACUAGAGCUGAUUCUCGUUAUCUUUGGAGUCAUUAUCUCGCAAAUUUUCAAUCUCCAUGACUCCUAUGACAUCAAAACAGUAUACAACAUUCCACGUGGCUUUCCAUCUCCAUCAAUCCCACGACUUGAUUUCCUGCCAGCUCUAAUCUCGGAUGCAGUUCCAAUCGCAGUCGUCUGUUACAUGUUUGUGAUGUCCAUGGGAAAAUUGUUCGCCAAAAAGCACAAGUACAAGACGGAUGCCACACAAGAACUGUAUGCAAUUGGAAUCGCAAGUGCACUCUCAUCCUUCUUCCCAGUCUAUCCAGUCGGAGCAUCACUUUCUCGAUCUUCAGUUUGCGAGAUGUCCGGAGCCAAUACUCAGCUGUAUACAGUAUUCUCUUCCCUACUUCUUCUCACUGUUAUUCUGCUCCUUGGACCAUUCUUGGAACCUCUUCCAAUGUGUAUUCUGGCUUGUAUCGUUAUCGUCAGCCUCAAAAGUCUUUUCAUGCAAGUCAAGGAACUGCCAAGACUGUAUAAAAUCAGCAAAUAUGAUUGUGCAAUUUGGCUGGUCGCAUGCCUUUCAACUGUUCUCACUGAUGUCACAACUGGACUGGUCGUUUCUCUUGUCUUUGCUCUCUUCACUCUGGUUCUUCGACAACAGUGGCCGACAUUUUCAAACGAAGUUCUUCAUGACGAAACUCCACGACAACAUAUUCCAGAAGGCGUCAAGAUUGUUAGAUUCGGAGGAGCUCUUCAUUUUGCCAACGUCACAUUAUUCUUGGAUAAAAUGUCAGAAUCUAUUGGAAGAGUGCCCGAAGGAGAAUCGUUGAUCGAAGGGAGAACAAUUAUUCUCGAUGGAUCCCCAAUCACAAAUGUGGAUACAAUGGGUGUAGAUGCUCUUCGUGACGUCUUCAAUGAUUCCAAAAAGUCAGGAGUACAACUAUUCUACUGUGGUCUUCCGGAAGACGUGUUAUCAGUUCUCAGAAUGGAUGAGAACUUUUCUUCUUUGGUUCCCUCGUCGACCUUAUUUUCAUCAAUUGAUCAAUGCCUUCUUUCUCUUUUUCAGCAGCAAAGUGUCUGA